UAGAAUAGCCUGUUACUUCUCUUAAUAUUAAGAGAUUGUUUUUAAAACGUGGUAGGCCAUGCUUAUUAAAUGAUUCACAAGAAACAAGUUAAAUGCAUGGCGAGUGUGUAUUAUGAAAGCGAUCGUACAGUUAAUUCUCUUUUAGAGUACAUUAAUGAAGUUGUUUAGUGAUAGCAAGGUUCGGUUUAUUGUUUAGACCAAUGCUAGAAUUACGGAAUACAACUAGUUAGAAGAGACAGGGUGUGAAGAUGAAGGGGACUGUGAAGAUAUGUUAUAUGGUACUACUGAUAGUCAUAAUGUCACACGACACAUUCGGUCUCAAUAUAACUGUAGGUGUCCUGCCCCAGUCUAUUCAUAUAGUACAAGCCGUUCGUAAAAUUCUACCAGAUCUCAAUCUCGACUUAAUAUAUGAUUUUAAGUUGACAGGCGAAACAUUCUAUGAUAGAAUAGAGACAGUUCAUUCCAAACUCAAAAGUCAAAAUAUCCACGCUGUGAUUGGCCCAUACGACGAAACUGUAGCUAUAGCAACAGAAUCAGUCGGUGUCGUCUACAUGGCAACAACUCCAGUUUCCCGCAAAAGUACAGAAUUUAUGGUACAAAUGAUUCCAAGUGUAGCUGAUUAUUGUAGAGCUCUGUUGGCGUUGGUUAUCAAAAACAAAUGGACCAAGAUUAGUGUAUUCUAUGAUAGUGAUGCAGGUGUAGAGCUGUUAGAAAAACUUACAACUAAUCACAUGUUUGUUGUUCGAGCCUGGAAGCUUCAAGUACCAGCUACACGAUCUGAAGUACGGGAAGCUCUGGUUAAAAUGAGAAAGUUUUUGGUAGAAACCAGCAUCGUCUUCUGUGAAAAUAAAGAAAAUAUAAAUCAUUUACUUACUGAGGCGAGAGACCUGGCGAUGCUGUCUACAUCACCGUAUCAAUGGAUGUUCAACGAUCCGGGAACAGGCCCGAAUGAUAGAAUAUUUUAUGAAUGGAUAAUCUAUGAACCGGGGGACCAAUUCAGUAAUCUAUUAACCAAAUAUCAAGAGAUAGCCGUCAAUUUUACUGUAUUUAACGUUUUGGAGUUUGAUUCCUUUAAUAAUAGCUAUGCACCAGAUCACGAUAGAAUGACAUUUGCCCUUAUGGCAGACGCCUUCAUACUUCUAGACGAAACCAGAAAAACACUGAAUCCAAAAAAUAAAUUAGAAAAAAGAAAGCAGAGAAAAUCAUUUAUUGGAAAAAUUAAAAAGAACAAGUUGACUGGAUCGACUGGUGAUCUAAGAUUGAAUGCAGAAGGGAAAAGAAGUAACAUUCAAAUUAAUUUAACUGCCAUAACUGGACCAUCAUAUUUCUUGAAAGGAAUAUGGAAAUCUAAUCCUGAAGAGUUUGAGACAACGUUACAACUAUUUCCAGAUAGCAUCGACCCUAAUAGAACUAUACCGUUCCCUUUACGUGAUAGAACAGUUCGAGUUGUCACAAUAUUGGAGCGACCAUUUACGAUGCUGAAAAGAGAUCAUGAAUCUAAAAGGGGUAUUGAUAAGUUUGAAGGUUUUGCUGUUGAUCUGAUUGAGGCAAUUGCUAAAAAGCUUCAAUUUAAGUAUGAACUUUAUCUCGUUCAUGAUAGAAAGUUUGGAAGUCGAUUGGCCGAUGGUAGCUGGAAUGGUAUGAUUGGAGAACUUCUUGCUGGGAAUGCAUCUAUGUCCGUAGCACCACUAAGUAUAAAUUCACAAAGAGAAGAGGCUGUUGACUUCACCAAACCUUUCAUGACUAGAUACAUCACCGUUUUGUUGCGAAUACCAAGAAGGGAAACGUCGUAUUUUGAAUUCCUGAAUCCUCUGUCGCCCAUAGUCUGGAUCUGUACGCUUGGUGCCUUCUUAGUAGUCAGCAUCGUUCUGUACGGUUUGGAACGAAUAGGACUCAAAGCCAAAAAUCCUGCUAAAAUUUCUAUGCGAGAAAGUUUCUGGUUUAUAUUCGGGUCUCUGUUACAAGGAAACACUGAUGCAUCUCCUUCUACGGUGCCGGGUCGGAUCUUGACCAGUGCUUGGUGGUUCUUUGCGUUGAUUCUAAUUUCCUCCUACACUGCGAACUUAGCUGCUUUUCUGACUGUGAAGAAAAUCAACACUCCUAUUAAAUCUGUCACAGACUUGGCUCAGCAGACGAAAAUAAAAUACGGAACUGUGGCUGAUAGCGGGGUUAUGACGUUUUUUAAGAACACAAAUAUUGAACAUUUUUCUAAAAUGUGGGCUCAAAUGUCAGAAAUUGAACCAGAUUCUCUGGUUCAAAAUACGACUGUUGGCUAUGAAAAAGUUAAAAAUGAAGAUUAUGCGUUCUUCUGGGACACAACUGUAAAUAGGUACAAAACUAUUAAAGACUGUAAUGUCAUGGAAAUUGGUCCACCCUUUGACCCUAAAGGUUUUGGUAUUGGUGUCCCUCCUGGUGCAACCUAUCGGGAAGAAUUGUCUAUGGCUAUAUUGAGAUUAAGUGAUACUGGAAAGCUACAUGAGCUAGAAAACAAAUGGUGGGGUUCAAGGAAUUGUCCAGAUUUAUCCAAGUCUUCAUCUGAUGAAACAUCUGAGUUACAGAUAGAUAAUGUAGCCGGUGUAUUUUUUAUAUUAGUGGGAGGAAUAUGUAUAGCGGCUUUAGUUUGUUUAGGAGAAUAUUUAGCACAUAUGAUAAUAAAUGCAGCUAAAUUAGGAAAGCCGCAAGCCAAGCCAAAAGAAAAGGAAAACUUUUUAUAGAGUUGGUAGCCAUAAGUUGGCUCAAGAGUGACUUCACCUGGCAAUAAUUCUUCGCAACGAUAAAACUAUGGAAUGAUAAAAUGGUGUCAUUUAUUAUCGUGUACUGUAUGAUGAUUUGUAAAUGUCCGUGGGUGUUAUGCCUGUUUUUUGCACAAAAGCAUAAAAAAACAUAAUGCUGUGUGUUAAAUCAGAAAUUGUGUCAACUUUUAUUGUGAUCACUGUCACGUCAUUGAGUGUUUGAUGUUUGGGACCAUCUCACAGUUGGGUUUCAGCUCUGGAAUCUGAGCCACGGAACACAAUUCCAAUCCGUUCCAAUUUAAUGGCAUCUAUUAUUUUGAAGACGCAAACGGAUUGGUGUUAUUACUACGAAACCGUUCCGAUAAUAACAUAUCUAAGGAUCUGACAUGUUUUACAAUAGAUGGGAUUAUAUCUCCCGGGCCAAAAUAAACAUUUUCAUGUCAUAUAUUUGCACAUAUUUAACAGAUAUUAGGCGUCCUAUGACUGUAUGUUUGUUUGUAUGUAUGGUUUAUGUAAAUAAUUGUAGUUGAAUAGUUGAACAUAGUGAAACAAAAAAGCCAGAUUUUAUUUACUUCAGUAUUUACUUCCUAAACUUGUAAAGUGCUUAAUCAAAAAUGUGUUGGUGAGUUUUAAUUAAUAUAAUGUUUCAUGACUCUAUAUUGAAUCUUUGACAAUAAAGGUAUUUCCUUCGCAAAUUCGAUAUUAUAAGUGUUUAAGUUAUAGACGUUAUGCAACGCCUUACUUAAACAUUUAAAGUUUAUGCACUUAUUGAAAUAAUUAUUCCACUGGGCGGGGACAAAUCACUGCAGAAUCGCCCCAUAAUUAAAUAUCUUUCCCCGAGUGAUGAUAUUUCAACCUAAGUAAAACCAUUUUUUUUCUUUCAUUAAGGUGGCAUAUUUUCGUGAACUAAUCCCAUCUCACAAAGAGUUGUGCUGAUUCUUAAUAUACAAACGUGUUUCGAAUGCAGUGAAGUGUAUUUGCAUUGUUCAUCUACCUUUUAUCAUUAGUGACCCAACAAAGUUGAUAAAAAGGGAGGCAUUAUAGAUUUUUCUCGGCAGCUUUAUUUACGAACCCAUAACAAUUUUUAAAAUGAUAUUUUUGUGUAAUUAUUCAUGUAUAAUUAUUCAUGUACUAUCUUUUACCUUCUUUAUCUUACUGUAUAUAUAAUAAUAUUAAAAUUGUUAUUGUUUUAAUGGGGUUUUUUAAAGUGAAGUAAUACUAGUCAUCUAUUAUUCAUUCAUCUUAUGCCUUCUUUAUCUUUGUGUAUAUAUAUUUUUG